AUGGCAGACCUGCGGCGGCGGCACCACAUCCCGCACGCGCACCGUGGCACCUCGGCGCCGCGCGCGAGUCGCGAGUCACGAGUGAAGGAGGCGCACGACAGCGGCGCCCCUUGUUUGGGCGACGCCAAGGAGGAGCAGCCCUGCGGAACGUCGGAGUGCCCCGCAGACUGCCAGUGGGAUGAGUGGAGCCCUUGGACCGGCUGCACCCGCACCUGCGACGGGGGGGUGAUGACCCGGCAACGCGACAUCUUGGAGCCGGGCCACGACGGUGGCCUGGACUGCCACGGGGAGUCCUCCCAGCAGGCGGUGUGCGGCAGCGUGCAGUGCCCGGUGGACUGCGUGGUCACCGAUUGGUCGCCAUGGUCCGGGUGCUCCGCCACCUGCGACGGGGGCGUCAUCAUGAGGUUCCGCAUCGAGUCGGUUGAGGCGGCCUACGGCGGAGUGGCAUGUCCUGGAAACCUCACGGAGACCCUGGAGUGCGCACCCGGCCCUUGCCCCGUGGACUGCCUGCUGGGCGACUGGAGGCUCUGGAGCUCCUGUUCCACCUCCUGCGGCUCCGGCCUGCGGGUGCGCACCAGGCUGCGAGAACACGAGCGCUUCGGAGGGGUGCCAUGCAAUGAGGUGCUGUCUCAGGAGGAUGACUGCUAUGUCGCCCCGCAGAAGGGCCUCUGCCCCGAGCUGCCCACCCCGCCGCCGCCCGGGGCCGCCGCCGCGGCCCGGGCCCAGCGCUCCGUGGCGCUGAAGGCGGCCCAGGCGGCCGCGGAGGCGGUGAAGGCGGCGCCCCCGGCGGCGGUGACGCCGGAGGUGGCGCAGGAGGUGGCGCGCCUGGCCGCCACUGGGAACCCGGAGGCGGUGAAGCAGUACCUCCGCGAGGUGGAAACCGACACCGAGCACUUCAAAGGCGUGCUGGACCACCUGAGCUCGGCCAAGGAGCACCAGGCGGCGGCGGUGGCGGCCACCACGGCGCACAACUCCGCGGUGCUGCACAUGGCGCAGGCGGCGGCCGCCGCCGUGAAGGCGUCACCCCCGAAGGGGGUCACACCUCUAGUGGCGCAGGAGGUCCUCCGCCUUGUGAACAGCGGUGACGUGGCAGCCGUGUCCAAGUACCUGCACGAGGUGGACACCGACCCUGACCUCUUCAAAGGCGUCCUGGGCAACCUCAGCUCCAUCAAGCCCAUCACGCCUGAGAAGCCCAUCACGCCUGAGAAGGAGGUCAAGGAGAAGGAGGAGAAGGAGGAGAAGGAGAAGGGCGAUAUGCCGAUGGGCAAGCCGAUGGAGAAUGCGACUGCGGCAGAGGCGGAGAAGAGCGCCAAUGACAUCAAGGAGGUCAUCGACAACUACGACGGUUCUGGAGAUGCCAAGACAGAUCGGCUCAUCGCGAAGCUCAAGGAGGCGAAGGAGAAGACAGAGGCGGAAGAAACCGGCAGAACUGCGAAGGAGGUGUUGCGGCUGGAAGGGGACCUCUACGUUUACACGCCCAGCGCGGACGAGUUGGUGUCCAACUCCAAAGCCCGCGACGCCUUCGAGCAGCUGAUCGCUCUUGGUGCACAGGUGAACCCCAACGCCAUCGAGGUGGAGCUGUCUAUCCCGAAGCGCAUCGUGGAAGCGGAGUGGCAGAAGAAGGCCAAAGGCAACGUACUCUGCCAAUACCUGAUCCACGUCUACUCCGAGACGGGUGAUGCCACGGAGGGGGACAAGGUGAUGAAGCAGCUCUCCACCGUGGACGAGCACACGGCCAAGGCACAUCUCGAGGCGAUCUUCGAGGCACACAACCUGACCAAAAACGUCAUUCCAGUCAGCAUGACGAUGAAGCCCUACAGGAUUCGUUGA